CAUUAUUUCUACUUGUUGUUAAGGAAACCGAAGAAUUAGUGUUUGUGAACUCAAUUAAUGCCAAAAAGAAUAAUUAAUUAGCCAAUUGUUGUCAAAAAUUCUAUUUUGGCCAGUCAUGUGACAGAUAUCAUCUGUCAAUUGUCAAAGUACAUUUGUUUUUUUUAAACGUCAAGUGCCCCCGUUCCAAUGCCCUAGACCCCAAAGUCAUUGUCAUUGCCUAAAACCACAUCAAAAAACAAAUAAAACUCGAUAAAAAUGUGAGAACCCACUUGACACAAUCAACUCAUCACGUCAACAAUGAUGAUGAAUGUGACAGCAGCCCCCGAUACCUCGGGGGCCACCAUCGAGAAUCUCUACCCGGCGUUGACCGAAUGUUUCGCUAUAAUUUUGUGUGGUUAUGCUGCUGGAAGAAUGAACAUGAUUUCGGAAACGGAAGCGAAAGGAAUCAACACAUUCGUUGGCACUUUUUCACUUCCAUCUCUCAUUUUCAUGUCUUUGGCCGAACUCGAUCUCAGUUCGGUGAAUUGGUUGUUUUUAGUCGCGAUUCUAAUCGCGAAAAGUAUAGUGUUUUUCUCGGUGAUUGUGGUAACACUGUUGGUUGGCAGGCCUGUAAAUUUGGGUCGUGCGGGGAUUUUCGCCAUUUUUUGCACACAAAGCAACGAUUUCGCCAUCGGUUAUCCUAUAGUGGCAGCACUGUAUAAAACAAGCCACCCCGAAUACGCCUCAUACUUGUAUCUAAUGGCCCCGAUCAGUCUUGCCAUCCUAAACCCCAUCUCGUUCGUAUUUAUGGAAAUUGGACGUCGACGAGAUGGUAACACUGAUUUUCUCCUCGACGGUGAUUUGGCAACAUCGCGAAACAUUCACCGAUUUAAAAUGGUGGUUUCUGUAGCGAAAAGUAUUUUCCUAAAUCCGAUAAUAUUCAUGACGAUUUUGGGAAUUUUGGGGAAUUUUGUUUUCAGACACCAAAUACCCUGUUAUCUAGGGGGAGUUUUAGACGUACUGGGAAAAGCGUUUUCGGCUAGUGCUUUAUUUUUGUUAGGUUUGCGAAUGGUUGGUAAAGUACAUAAAUUACGAGGAGCUACUCUUGUAGUUCCUGGGAUUUUAAUAAUGGUGAAAUUGAUUGCUCUACCUUUAGUUACCAGAGAAGUUGUCAGUAUUUUACACACCGGGUAUAACAAAAGCGAAACGAUGGAUUUGAGCACUUAUGGGUUUCUUUAUGGUACCUUCCCAUCAGCGCCUACUGUCUUUGUAUUCGCUACACAAUAUUUCAUAGAUGUUGAUCUCAUUGCUAGUGCUAUGGUAGCUUGUACAUUUAUCAGCGCCCCUUUGAUGUUUGUCUCUGCAAAAAUGAUAACAAUCACAAAAACAGACCCAUCGGAAUAUAUUAAACAAUUAGAUUCUUUUACUUUAGAUAUAAGCAUUGUUGCCAUAAUUGCAUGCGGUUGGGUAAUUUUAGUUUUUAUUCUUACGAAAAAAAUCACUAGAUUACCACACAAAAUCACCGCUUGCUUGAUUACAUCGCAGCUUAUCAGUUGCCUGGGUGCUGUUUUAUAUAAUACACUUCCACAGAAAGAAAUCUGGGCGAGUUAUAUACCAUCAGUUUUCAUUAUGGGUGUUUACAGUACACGCAUCUGGACCACAAUCCUCGCUGUAACUUUAUUAUUUUUACAGUGUAGAAGUCUCUGCUACGUAUUGAAACUACAACCGAUUUUUUUCACAAUCGGUUGGGGACUUCCCACAAUUUUGAUAGUUAUUUUAGUGUUAUUUGACAGUAAAAAUCUCCGGCCACUCGAUAAACGCAACCCCAAUUUCGUCUACGGCACGUAUCAAGCAGUCGUGGCCAUAGCACUCUUAGUUUUAUGUUUCAUCGUUACCGCCGGUUGUUUGAUUUUACAACAGCGCUAUCAUCGUCGCUUCACCCGCUAUCUAGAUUUAGCCCAGGAUAUUUCCUCCGAUUCACCUACUCCUGAAAUUGAAAGUCCGAAUCCGGGUACGAGUUCCGACUCCGGUAUAAGUCCGGGUAGAAGCACGAAAUGUGGCGCUUUACCAACUAUAAACGAAGGUUGUUGCGAAGAAAGUCCGGUCGAUAUUGAGGAUUUAUUUCCGGUGAAUGGUGAUACCGGACUUUGUCCUUCACGAUUCGGUUGUCAAGGACCAAAACGUGAACAGUGUCAAGGGAUUGUGAGACAAUAUCAGGAAACCAUCGACGAUGACCUUGAGUUUAUCGAAGAGGAGCCGGAAUUGCACGAACCACAGUUUUUGAGACACACUGUAUUAUUGAUUUUGUUGCUAUGCUCGAUGUUUGUGGGGUUGGCAUUAUCGAUUUGGACACUUGUCAUGGAACAGGUUUCGGGGAUUUACAUCGAAUUGUCGUUUCUCGAUGCGACUUUAAAUUUCGGCCAAAGUAUCAUUGUUUUCGGUAUUUUCGGUUUGGAAUUGAAAGAGGUCGCUUUACCUUUGUUAAAAUUGAAGAGAUUGAUCUGGUAUGGAAGUAAUAGUUUAGUGCUGCCAUCUUGGCAUGAAUUGUCACCGGAAACGCGCCAUAUUUGCGACCAAUUUGUCACCCAUCAUUUGCAAAGUUGUCGUAAUGCGAUUGCAAGGGAUAAGAGAUGGCGUAUUAAGGUUUAUAAGAGUGUCUUUACUGGAAUCGAGUUCGUUGAUUGGCUGAUUGCGGUGGGGCUUGCACGUGAUAGAGGCCAGGCUGUGAACUAUGCAAGACAUCUGAUCGAAGGCAAAGUCUUGAAGCACAUAAACGGAGUUUACCACUUUUACGAUAGAAAUCUAUUGUAUACUUUUGUUUAGCUUAUUUGAAGCCAAAGAUUUAUUUUUCUAUGUCAAGUGAUACAACGAUGUAACCAUGUUUAGGGGUUGUGAUUUUUGGUUGGUCACAGUGUCAUAUCAGGGCUUGCGUUAGUAAUUAUUUAAGUCUGAACUAGACAAUAUAUGUGUGAUGCAAAUGAAACGUCAAAAAAUAA